AUGAUUGAAAACCCGCUGGACGGGCAGCUGGGAGUUGGCUGGGCCUUGACGGCACAGUCGCCACACCUGGUGGUGCCGUGGGACUCACCAUUUCUGUCCGUGUCUCCUGGAAUCGGAGAGAAGACCGUGUCCGAGCUGCAGGAGACGCGUCCGGAGGAGACACGGGACUCGGAGCAGAGGACGGCGCAGAUGAGGAAGCUAAGUGAGAACCACGGAACCACGCAGUUCUGUGUCUGUGUUUCCGCACGGCCCCCAUUCCGCAAGCUCCGGAAGCGGAAGUUGCUCGUGUCCCCCUCCGCAGGCGGGUCCGUGGUGGCUGCAGCGGGUGGUCAGCUGCUGUGUGUGUCUCGGGGCGUCCGCAGGAACUCGCGGUCAUCAGGGAAGAGGAACUCCCGGUCAUCUGGGAAGAGGAACUCGCGGUUGUCCGUGCGUGGGGGCGUGUCCAGGGCAAAGGGGCGUCGUGGUCAGUAUGGAAAGCAAGACGGACGUGUCAGUACCAUCCCUGUUUUAAACAGACGCCGUGGAGGAGAGAAACCUGAGGUGACUAGCAAAGACUCCAGCUCUGGGUUGAUGUCUGGCCAGAUCCCCCCUUUACCUGUGCUGCAACAGUUCAGCCCCCCAGACAGGAAUGUCUUGACAUGCUGUGAGUGUGGGGACGUCUUCUCCGACCCCUCGCCCCACACUCAUCAGAACCGAUUCCACACCAGCUGUCCGGCAUGUCAGUGUGCGGACUGCAGCAAAGCCUGCAACUGUCCCUCUGUCCUCACCAGUGCCGUGAGGGCUCUGGGCGUGAAGAGACCCCACAGGUGCCAGGCGUGUGGGAAGGAGUUCUUGUGUACGUCAGCUCUGAAGGGUCCCGUGGAGGCUGCACUCCCCGAUCUGCAGUGUCUUGGAUGCCCCUCGUUCAGGAACGAACUCUCCAGUCUGUCCUCCCACCUCACCUCGCACAGACAGAGGCUCUUCACCUGUAAGGAGUGCGGCAAAGCGUUCAGAUUCCCCUCUCUGCUCAGCGAGCACACGCGAACUCACACCGGCGAGCGGCCGUACGCAUGCCAGCAGUGCUCGAAAUCUUUCAGCAAAUCCUCCUUCCUGAAACAGCACAUGGAAACGCACAGCGGGGAGAGGCCCGUGGCAUGCGAGGUGUGUGGGAAAACCUUCAGUCGCUCCUCCUACCUCACGACGCACAGGAGAAUUCACAGCGGGGACAGGCCUUACGUGUGCCAGCAGUGCGGGAAGUCCUUCAGGUUCUGCUCGUCCUUCAGAACGCACGCACGCACGCACAGCGGGGAGCGGCCCUACGCGUGCGAGCAGUGUGGGAAAACCUUCAUCUACUCCUCCCACCUCACGGUGCACCGCAGGACGCACAGUGCGGAGAAGCCGUACGCCUGCCAGGAGUGUGGGAAAACCUUCACGUGCUCCUUCCACCUCUCCGUGCAUGCGAGGACGCACAGCGGGGAGAGGCCCUGCACGUGCAAGGAGUGUGGGAAAAGCUUCAGCAGCCCCUCACACCUCACGGUGCACCGCCGGACGCACAGCGGGGAGAAGCCGUACACGUGCGGGGACUGUGGGAAAACCUUCGGCUGCUCGUCCAGCCUCAUCUCACACCGCCGGACACACAGUGCCGAGAGGCCGUUCGCCUGUACGGACUGCGGCAAAGCCUUCAAGUACUCUUCGGUGCUCGUCAGGCACAGGAGAACUCACAGCCGCGAGGGGCCGGACCCAAGCAAGCAUUGA